AUGGGAUCGAACGACAAUAAAAUUGUUGCGCAAACGUUUGCUUCGUCCAUCGCACACGAGUCGCUGAUAGAUGCGCCCACGCAUGACGACAAACCGAAUGUUGUGCGCCACUACAUGAAUACACCCAAGCCUCGAACCUUUGACAUCAAAGCGAUAUAUUGCGUCUGUGGCGGUCACUGGUGUUCGCUGCGUCUUGCAGCGACCGUACGUGCUGCUGCUCGCCAGGAUGGCAUGGUGACCAAUAUCGAACAGGGGCUCGCAAAACCUUUGCUAGUGAUGCCCUGGAGGAUCUGUACAGAUUGA